AUGGAUCGCCAUCUGAGGCGAAAACUGCAACAAUCUGCCGGAAACGGAAUGUGAGAGCGUGCAUGUGCUUCAGUGGAUUCUAUUCCAGAUGAUAUGUUUGAUAGGUAUGUUGACGCAGGAUAUCUUGACGAUGUCCUCGAUGAUGUUAUGGAUUAUUUUAUGGAUGACUAUGAAGAUGAAGAAGAGUGGCUUGAUGAGAGAGUAAGUGAAGAUGAGCUGGUUGAAGAAAGUGAUAGAGAAGAUUUAGCGGAAGUUGAGGCUCAGGAGAAUUUAGCUAUCAAAAUUGGAUGGAGAUAUAAUGGGAGGAUCAGAAUUGAUACAAGACUUGCAUAA